UGGCAAAAUUUGGCAAAGAAUAAGCGAAUAUAGUGUGUAUGUGAAGCAAAGGCAAGUGUGUGCAUUGAUGUUAAAAAUGCUGACAAUUGAUCUGAACUCUAAAAUAUUUUGCUACUCAAUAAUAAAAAAAAAUAAUAACAAAAUCAUCAUCGAUCAAUUUCAUAUUAUUGUGAAACCAGAAUUAAGAAUUGUAACCAUAAGCUGUACCGAAACACAAUAAUCGUCAUCAUCAUCAAAUGUAUUGAUUCAAUAAAACCAAGACGAUUAGUAUUAUUCACAAAUAAUCCACUAAUAAUAAGACGAAACAGAAUGGGUGACAAUCAUUAUAAUAAAUAUAGCAAUGAAUUUCAACCACCAUCACAUUAUCAAGUGAAAGCCAAUGUUGCAUCGAACAAUGGUUCAAAUCAACAAUUUAGCUAUGAUGUUAAUGCAGCCAGUCAUUAUCAUCAUUCAAUGGUUGGAGCAAUCGGAACGCCCGGUUUCGAAUCAAAUACACAUCUAAGUUCCUUGUCAAAUUGUGUGAAACGUUUACAAACACAAUUGAAUCAAUAUUUGACAAAAAUAAUUGAUGAAGGAUCGGAUGGACCUACUAAUUAUAAUCUUGGUUCAGGUGAAGUACUAAACAGCCAUCUUAUGGAACAGUAUUCAACAUCUGGAGGGGGAGGAGGAACAGUAACGACGACAACAUCAGGAACAACAUCGCCUAUUACCGGUGUAGCUACGGCACCAUCAAUGCCAAUAAAUCCAUCCGGUCAUAGUUCAUAUGGUCAUCAGACGAUUUCGGCCAUAGCCGCAGAUCCAGCUGCAGUCAAUAAUGGCUAUAGCUAUUAUAGUAACUAUCCGACAAAUUAUCCGGCCUAUCCAACCGGACCAAAUCCUUACCAUCCUCAUACACAUCAUCAUCCAGCAAUGACAUCGGCUGUAGAUUAUUAUAAUCAACAAUCACAUCAUCUUUUACAACAACAACAGCCACUUCCACCACCACCACCAUCAUCAUAUGCAAAUUUUCAAGAACCAAAGAGCAAAAAACAAAAAAAUAAAUGAAAAUAUGAAUUCGACAUGAAAUUCACAUCCGAUGGUAGGAUUCUUCAUCAUAUUUUUUGUUUGCUUUAUGAAUUAUGUAUGUUCGUAAUUAAAAUGCUGAUCGCUGUCCGAAUGGCCAAUAACGAAUCUUUGAACAAUUUUUUCCCUUAAUUUUUUUUUUACUGUAUAUUAUGAACGCUUAAGAAAGCCAUAAUUGUCGGCCACUCAUUUUUGGACUGAAUCGAUU